UUUAUUCUCUUCGAUUCUUGGCAGUAAUUUCCUCAAUAAUUACUAUGCACUAUUUGAACGGCAAGUAAACAAAAUAUAUUUUGUAUUUGAAUGAAUAACAUAAAUAUCUUUCAAAAGUUAGAAUACGUGAGAUGAACACAAUCACUGUAAGGGACGCCUUGUCCGCGGACGAGGUCACUCGUUCCCUCAUCCGGCGUCGUUCAGCGUCUUUUGCUCUGGAGAUUGAGAAAUUAUUGGAGUGUGAUUAUCGUUGUGGACGAGCUAAGGUUUUUUUUUAUGAAUAUCGUGUUCUUGAGGUAAGACGAGCCCGUGCUAUUCUUAUUGAGCGCAUUGUUCAGGCUAAAUGUGUCCAGGCACGUGAAAUGAUUUUCCUUGUGGUGCUCGUGGGAGCUUCAGAGGUCUCCAUUGAAACGCUUUCGUGGAUCAAUAUUAAUUGUGGUCUUGAACACCACUGCAGCGUGGUAUUUUGUUGGGCUGUUGAGGAGGUGGUACAGUUAUUGGAAACACUCUCCUUAUUGUCCAAUUCGUCACUCGCAACCCUAGGACAAUAUACCGCGCCGGCCAACACCUCAUCACCACUUUCAGUGCUUAUUGAGGCUUUGAUGCAAUCCCCUCAAAUACUUACGCGGACCGACAUCGUGCGGGCCUUUAAUCGAUGCAAAAGUGUUUCUGAUCUCCUUUUGUGCUCAGUCGAUACUUUUGUCGAUAUCCCGGGCUUUGGUCCGAAGAAAACCAAGAAAGUACAUGAACUCUUCAAUACACCGUUUGUCUUUGAUAUGGUUCCAAAGCCCAGUCUAUUAGAGGGGGUGCCGGUCGAUGGGAAGAUACCGGACGCCGUUCGACACGCCCUUGAACGGAUACGAAACAUGGAGGAUGAUGAAGACAUGGAGCUUAAUAUGGAAUUGUAAUCAAAAAUGUUGAAUGGAAUCAUCAAAUGAAGUGUUGAUGCUUGCCACCAUUAAGGUACAGUUCACAUUGCUCAUUAAGUUUUAAUUAACGGAGUCAUGUCGAAACGGGAGAAUGGGGAGGCGUAAUAAAGGCUUUCACGCAGCAGGCACACA